UGAAGCGGACGGCGCACAAUCCGAAACGUCCUUUUAAGAACAACAGCAGACCUUUAAACACGACUGGAUCGACACAUGCCUUGACUGCUCCCCAGUCUCUUCCAGCUCACUGUCAGCGACACCCACUCCUGUCGGAUCCACAGCUGACACCACAGCCGACACCACAGUGACAUUCAUUGACCGGCGGACUGCACUUUUGUCGGGAUGUUCUGGAUGUGAACAUGGAGUUUUCUUCCCCACCAGUGGUGGAUACGUUACUGUUCCGUCUCCGCCCGUCCAGUCCUCCCAGCACCGCUGACUGGUUUCCAACCGCCUCCGCCCGACAGGUGAGCAGUUCGGGGCCACCGGAGACCCGGUGGGCGGGCCUGGAGUCUCCGGAGCCCGCAGGCUCGGUACCCGCCGGACAGCGGAGCACCUGACAGACAGCUCCAUGCUGUCCCCCCUCUAUCAGGACCAUGGCGGCUCGGUGGUGUGGCCCCAGACUUCGUCCUGCUCCUCCUCCUCUCAGGGCCUCCAACGGCCGCUACGCUGCCACCCUCCCCCAAUCAGUGGGAGCAGCGUGGGCCCCAACCCUACCUACUAUCAUGCUGUUUAUGACGUCCGGGUGGAGCAGUACAGAGAAGUGCCCUUCAUUGGUGGAGGUGGUGGCUACGGGGUGCGCUCUGGCCGAGGCCCCUUGUCCCUGGUUACCAGCAGCAAUGACCCCACAGUCCCGCUAAUCCGCCGGAGGGGAGGACUGGUGGACCACCGGGAUGUCAUCUUGGCCCACCAGGCACACAAGCUGCACAACACACCACAGGCCAGGAGGAAACAAUGGGAAAUGGCGCGUUUUGGAGACGAGCUACCCAACAGGUAUGGAGGAGGAGGAGGAGGUGGUGGUGGCGGUGGUGGCGGGGGUGCCGGCGGACAAGGGGGGCCCGGCCGCGGCGGCAGCAGGCAAGGGGGGCCCCCCGGAGGGCAGCGGAUGUACAAGCAGUCGAUGGCCCAGAGAGCCCGGACCAUGGCCCUGUACAACCCCAUACCCGUCCGGCAGAGCUGCCUAACGGUCAACCGCUCCCUCUUCCUCUUCAGCGAAGACAACCUGGUGAGGAAGUACGCCAAAAAGAUCACCGAAUGGCCUCCGUUUGAAUGGAUGAUCCUCACCACCAUCAUUGCAAACUGCAUCGUCCUGGCCCUGGAACAGCAUCUUCCCGAUGGAGACAAGACGCCUCUGUCUGAGCGACUGGAGGAAACGGAGCCCUACUUCAUAGCCAUCUUCUGUUUUGAGUCAGGGAUCAAGAUCCUGGCUCUAGGUUUUGCGUUACAUAAGGGCUCCUACCUGAGGAACGGGUGGAACGUCAUGGACUUCGUGGUCGUGCUCACUGGUAUUUUGUCGUCUGUGGGUUCUCAGCUUGACCUGAGGACACUGCGAGCCGUCAGAGUGCUACGGCCACUGAAACUGGUGUCAGGGAUUCCCAGCCUGCAGGUGGUGCUCAAGUCCAUCAUGAAGGCUAUGAUUCCCCUGCUGCAGAUUGGCCUGCUAUUAUUCGUGGCCAUCCUCAUGUUUGCCAUCAUCGGCCUGGAGUUCUACAUGGGAAAGUUCCACACUACCUGCUACGACGAAGUCACACGAGAGGUAGUGGACGAAUUACCAUGUGGCACAGAGUUGCCGUCCAGGUUGUGUCCUAAUGGCACAGUGUGUAGAGGUGGCUGGCUUGGACCAAACUACGGCAUCACCCAGUUCGACAACAUCCUGUUCGCCGUGCUCACCGUCUUCCAGUGCAUCACCAUGGAGGGAUGGACAGACAUGCUCUACUACAGUAAUGAUGUGGAGGGCAGUGCCUGGAACUGGAUGUACUACAUCCCUCUCAUCAUCAUCGGCUCCUUCUUCAUGCUCAACCUGGUGCUGGGUGUACUCUCAGGUGAAUUUGCCAAAGAGAGAGAGCGAGUGGAGAACAGGAGCGAGUUCCUCAAGCUGAGGCGACAGCAGCAGAUUGAGAGAGAGCUCAACGGAUACCUGGAGUGGAUCUGCAAAGCAGAGGAGGUGAUUUUGGCUGAAGAUGACGCCACAGGGAACUUUGAUGGUUCGAGGCGAAGGCCAACCAUCAAAACCAAAAACAACAAGACAGAGCUGCUGAACCCUGAGGAAGGAGAGGACAACAUGGGAGACGCAGUAGGUUUUGCACGCUCCAGUAUAAAGAGCGGUAAGGACGGCAAUUACAAUAAGACAGAGCGACGAAUGCGAUUCUUUAUCCGCAAGAUAGUGAAGACGCAGGCUUUCUAUUGGACGGUGCUCUGCCUGGUGGGCCUCAACACCAUGUGUGUGGCUGCGGUGCAUUACAACCAGCCUGAGCUGCUCUCCGACUUCCUCUUCUAUGCAGAGUUUAUCUUCCUCGGUUUGUUCAUGUCUGAGAUGCUGAUCAAGAUGUAUGGUCUGGGCAUCCAGCCCUACUUCCACUCCUCAUUCAACUGCUUCGACUGUGUGGUAAUCGUGGGCAGUAUCUUCGAGGUGGUGUGGGCCACCAUUAAACCAGGCACGUCCUUUGGGAUCAGUGUGUUACGAGCUCUGCGACUGCUCCGCAUCUUCAAAGUCACCAAGUACUGGGCACCUCUUCGAAACCUGGUGGUUUCUCUGCUAAACUCCAUGAAGUCCAUUGUCAGUUUGCUCUUCCUCCUCUUCCUCUUCAUCGUGGUCUUUGCCUUGUUGGGGAUGCAGCUGUUUGGAGGACAAUUCAACUUUGUAGGCGGAACCCCUCCUACUAACUUUGACACUUUUGCAGCAGCGAUCAUGACGGUGUUUCAGAUCCUGACAGGAGAGGACUGGAACAUGGUGAUGUACGACGGCAUUGAGUCCCAGGGAGGAGUGAACGACAAAGGGAUGGUCUUCUCCAUCUUCUUCAUCGUCCUUACACUGUUUGGCAACUACACUCUGCUUAACGUCUUCUUGGCCAUCGCUGUCGACAAUCUGGCCAAUGCCCAGGAGCUCACCAAGGAUGAGGAGGAACAAGAGGAAGCAGCCAAUCAGAAGACAGCAAUGCAGAAGGCUAAGGAAGUAGCAGAGGUCAGCCCGCUGUCAGCAGCCAACCUGUCUAUUGCUGCCCUUUCAGAUGAACAGCUCUGUAAGGAGCAGCAGAAGAACCACAUCAAGGGUAACAAGUCAGUGUGGGAGCAAAGGACGAGCGAGAUCCGCCGUCAGAACCUGAUGACGAGCCGCGAGGCGCUCUACAACGAGCUGGAGCAAGAGGACUGGAAGGUGGGAGGGGAGGGAGAGGAGGUGUCCUACCCACGGAAAGCACGUGGUGAUAUGAAGACCCACCUGGAUCGGCCACUGGUUGUCAACCCGCAGGACAACCGCAACAACAACACCAACAAGACCCAACCUGGUGAGCUGCCUCUGGACCAGGAGUACCGGCGCCAGGACAUUGACCACUACCACAGAGCCACCCACUAUCACCACCACCACCAUCAUCAGAAAGCCACAGGGCCAGACAGUGGAGGAACAGGCCAGCCAGCAGAGACCCGCAUGGAGCGUGGCUUCAGCUGCACUUCUCUGGGCAACGUGGAAGGCCAGCAGGGGGAGGAGAGGCACAGCCACAGGAGCCACCGGGGCCACAGGCACAGGAACAGGGAAGGCAGGGAAGCUCGGAGCGUGUCUCCCCACCAGGGUGAAGGGGGAGAGGGGAACAACGAACACAGGAGGUCCAGGCAGCACCGCAGGGCAGCCAAGGAGGGGGAAGACGGCAGGAGACACAGAUCCAGGGGGACAGAGGGAGAGGGGGAGAAAGGAGCAGAAGGGGAGGGACGGAAGACGAGACGGCAUCGCCACGGCAACCAGGAGAGGAGCAGAGGGCAUCGCACCAGAAAGGAGCAUCACAGCACCUGUCCCAGCCUCUCCACCACACGACCCAUUCAGCAGUACAACGAGGACCUGGAUAACUUCCGUAAUAACAGCAAGCUGGCCAGUGCCCAUGAGCACCCAUACGCCCUCCCACCGGAUCACCCAGACCACCCUGACCACGUCAACAACUUGCUGAACUGCCGCGACGCCGACACCCACACCCUGCUCCACAGCAUGGACAGUCUAAUCCUGACCAGCAUGGCCAAACCUGAGUACACAAAGAUAGACAUGCCUCCUGUCUACCCCUAUCCCUCCACCAAUGCCAUCCUGCAAGUGAACAAGAAUGCCAACACCGACCAGAAGAAGAGUGAGGAGAAGAAGGAGGAGGAGGAUGAGGAAGGAGAUGAAGAUGGCCCCAAACCCAUGCCUCCAUACAGUUCCUGCUUUAUACUGUCCACCACCAACCCGUUUCGGAAGUGCUGUCACUACAUCCUGACUCUGAAGUAUUUUGAGUUCAGCAUCCUGUCUGUCAUCGCUAUGAGCAGCAUUGCCCUCGCUGCAGAGGACCCUGUCUGGCCUGACUCACCACAAAAUAAUGUGCUGCGUUAUUUUGACUACGUUUUCACAGGCGUCUUCACGUUUGAAAUGUUGAUCAAGAUGGUGGUGCUGGGCUUGUUUCUCCACCAGGGCUCCUACUUCCGCGACUUGUGGAACAUUCUGGACUUUAUAGUGGUUAGUGGUGCUCUGGUGGCCUUCGCCUUCACGGGGAGCAGCAAGGGUAAAGAUAUCAGUACAAUCAAGUCCCUUCGUGUGCUAAGGGUGUUGCGUCCUCUGAAGACCAUCAAACGACUCCCCAAGUUAAAGGCUGUGUUUGACUGUGUGGUCAACUCUCUGAAGAAUGUGCUGAACAUCUUGAUUGUCUACAUGCUCUUCAUGUUCAUCUUCGCUGUGGUGGCCGUGCAGCUUUUCAAGGGCAGAUUUUUCUACUGCACGGACGAAUCAAAAGAGUUUGAGCGCGACUGCAGGGGCGAGUACUUGGUGUAUGAUAGAGAUGAGGUUAAAGCCCAGAAGCGGGAGUGGAAGAAGUACGAUUUCCACUACGACAACGUGGCUUGGGCCCUGCUCACCCUCUUCACUGUCUCAACUGGAGAGGGGUGGCCGCAGGUGUUAAAGCACUCAGUGGACUCCACCUAUGAGAAUCAGGGCCCUAGCCCAGGUUACAGGAUGGAAAUGUCCAUCUUUUACGUGGUGUACUUCGUUGUCUUCCCCUUCUUCUUCGUAAACAUCUUUGUGGCUCUUAUCAUCAUCACCUUCCAGGAACAGGGGGAUAAGAUGAUGGAGGACUAUAGUUUAGAAAAGAAUGAGAGAGCUUGUAUAGAUUUUGCCAUCAACGCCAGGCCUCUGACUCGCCACAUGCCGAAGAAUAAACUGAGCUUCCAGUAUCGCAUGUGGCAGUUUGUGGUGUCUCCGCCCUUCGAGUACAGCAUCAUGGCUCUGAUUGCGCUCAACACCAUUGUCCUUAUGAUGAAGUUUAAUGGUGCAUCGCAAACGUACGAUGAAGUCCUGAAGAACCUCAACAUCGUGUUUACCACCUUCUUCUUCAUGGAGUCAGUCCUCAAGAUCAUCGCUUUCGGCCCUCUGAAUUACUUCAGAGAUGCCUGGAACAUUUUUGAUUUUGUCUCCGUCCUUGGAAGCAUCACUGACAUAUUAGUGACAGAGCUAGGGAAUAACUUCAUCAACUUGAGUUUCCUGAGGCUGUUCAGAGCAGCUCGCCUCAUCAAGCUGCUGAGACAGGGAGAGACCAUCCGCAUCCUGUUGUGGACCUUUGUCCAGUCCUUCAAGGCUCUGCCAUACGUCUGCCUGCUCAUUGCCAUGCUCUUCUUCAUCUAUGCCAUCAUCGGCAUGCAGUUGUUUGGGAAUCUGGCACUAGAUGAGGAGGGAGAGAGUGCAAUCAACGAGCACAAUAACUUCAGAACCUUCAUUAUGGCCCUCAUGCUGCUCUUUAGGAGCGCUACGGGCGAGGCGUGGCAUGAGAUCAUGUUGGCUUGCCUGGGUGGUAAGGAAUGCGACCCGGCCUCAGGGAACACAGAACCCGAAUGUGGCAGCACCUUCGCCUACACCUACUUUGUCUCCUUCAUCUUCCUCUGCUCUUUCCUGAUGCUGAAUCUGUUUGUGGCCGUCAUCAUGGACAACUUUGAGUACCUGACCAGAGACUCCUCUAUCCUGGGGCCACAUCACCUGGACGAGUAUGUAAGGAUCUGGGCCGAGUACGAUCCUGCUGCCUGCGGGCGCAUACAUUAUAAGGAUAUGUACAGUUUAUUGCGAGUUAUCUCCCCUCCCCUGGGCCUUGGCAAGAAAUGCCCACAUAGGGUGGCCUGCAAGAGGCUGCUGCGCAUGGAUCUGCCGGUUGCCGAUGACAACACGGUGCAUUUUAACUCAACCCUCAUGGCUCUGAUCAGGACAGCCCUGGAUAUAAAGAUUGCCAAGGGCGGUGCAGACAAGCACCAGAUGGAUGCAGAGCUGAGAAAGGAGAUGAUGGCUAUUUGGCCAAACUUAUCACAGAAGACACUGGACCUGCUGGUUACACCACACAAGGCAGCCACAGACUUGACGGUGGGCAAAAUCUACGCUGCCAUGAUGAUCAUGGAAUACUACCGGCAGAGCAAGACGAAAAAGCUGCAGGCCCUGCGAGAGGAACAGAACCGAACGCCAUUAAUGUUUCAGCGCAUGGAGCCGCCCUCUGAGGGAGGGGGCACAGACGGCCAGGGGGGCCAAGGCCUGAACGGCCUCCCCAACACCCAGCCGGACAACCUCAACAGCAUACCUCCCGAGGGUGGCAUGACUGAGAGCCAGUCGUGGGUGACGGCCAAAGCCCAGAAAAUGUUCCAAAAUACGGGUAACUGGAGCCCCGACAGACCCUACCCCGACGAUCUCCAUGACAACCGUCACAACCCACAGACGGUAGAGAUGAGGGAGAUGGGGCGGGACGGGUACUCCGACACUGAGCCCUAUCACCCAAUGGAUGGGCAUGGGCGGACCCUCUCCAUGCCCCGCCUCUCGGCAGACAACCAAAGAGCUCAUCCUGUUUCGCGGAGGAGACACAGGCCUCGCGGAAAUAACCUCAGUACCAUCACUGACACCAGUCCGAUGCGUCGCUCCACCUCCAGCUUGGUCCACGGGCGUACGGGCCGGGGCGUGAGGCUGGACGACUACUCCCUGGAGAGGGUGGUGUCUGAGGAGGGGAGACACGGAGGGCGCAGACACAGGGACAGAAGUCACCGUGCCUCGCAGCGCUCACUGACUAGAUACACCGACGCAGACACGGGCCUGGGCACAGACCUGAGCACCACCACGCAGUCGGGCGACCUUCCACCAAAGGAACGCGAGCGAGACCGCGGCCGGACCAAGGAUCGUCGUCACCACCAUCAUCACCAUCACCAUCACAGCUCCAUGGACAAGGAGCGCUACGGCCCUGACCGCCAUGACUACCCCCAAAGGCACCCCCAUGACCGCCACUGGUCCCGCUCACCCAGCGAGGGGCCUGAUGGAAGAGGACACAGACAGGGCAGUAGUUCGGUGAGCGGCAGUCCGGUCCCCUCUACCUCGGGGACCAGCACUCCGCGGAGAGGCCGUCGCCAGCUACCCCAGACCCCUGCCAUCCCCCGUCCACAUGUCACCUACUCCCCCGCUGUCCGCAAGCCCAGCUACGGUCCCCCGGGGCCGGGCCGACUGCGUUCGCCCUCCCCCAGACACUUCUCCCCACCAGACCACGACAGGGGCUACCACCACCGGCCCCCGUCACGCCACGCUUCUCCACACCACGGGGGUUCCUCAUCCCGGCACGGUUCACCGCGCUCCCCUAGGCACCAGUCCCCGCGCUCGCCCCUCCACGGCUCACCUCGGUCCCCUCAUCGAGGCCGCUGGAGCGGGCCUCCGCCUGGGGACAGCCUGGAGGGUGACGGGCCAUUCUACGAGCGCGACUACGAGUAUGAGCGGCACCAUGAGCCCCCUGCCUACGAGCAAAGCCUCUCCCACGGCAACCCACACCCACAUGGGGGAAAUCCUCACCCACACCCACGCUCACCUAGGACUGCCCGCCACGGGCCCCCUCCGCCCCCGCACCCUCAUCCACGUAGGGUGCCCAAUGGUUACCGCUCAUCCUCACCUUCUCCACAUCGGCGGGGACCACCAGGGGCGCCCCCCCACCCACACCACCGCCCUCCCCAUGCCCGAGGGCCCCGCAAGGGCCUGCAUGAACCUUAUAGUGAGACGGAUGAGGAUGACUGGUGCUAGCAACCACAGGGAGCGAGGGAUAUGGGCAGGAGAGGAGAAGAAGAAUAGCAGCCUCCAAUGCUCUGGCAUUGGAUAUGUAGACUUUUAAUAAAGCAGAGGUGGUGAAAAUGUUGGGGGCAGGGCUUGUGAACGCCCUCCAAACCCUCUACCUUCACCCCCCUCGGACUCUAAAUGAGAGGAAAGGGUGGGGUGGGGGGGAGCGGGGUGAAGGUGCUGCAAAUAGCCUUUUACAGAUUUUGUGUAAGACUAAAAUCAGUGACAGAGCAGCACAUGGAUAAUUGAAAAAGAGACAGUCAAGACAACUAGGGCAAGACCUGGGCACAGUUUACCUCUGCCUCUCUCAGUCUCAGAACUACACUUCCCAGAAUUCUAUGCUUGACCAGCAAGGCCAGGCUGCAGAAGGAAGAGAGAAGUCUGGGAACAGAAUAGCGACAGAGGACCAUGUAAAACGGCCAGGGAUGAUCGCGGUUCACAAGGUCUAAAAGCACUUCUCCAAGACUGUCGCGUGAUUGGUUAGUCUUGUCAGAUGUGUGCUAUCUGUCACUGGCCAGUCUGCUAAUGUAAAAGCCUGAAAAUGAGCUGGAACACAGAGUCCACUGCUUGACUCUGCUCCUCGAACAGAUAUGUUUAAAGAAAAAUAAAUUAAAGCAAAAAGCCAGGACCCCCUAACCCUUACAUGCCAAGCUAUGCCUCCAGAAAAUCAAACUUGAACAAUGAAGAACAAAAUGAAACUUUACAUGACAAACAAUGAAAAGAAAAAAAGGGAGAACAACCACUUUAUCUUUAACCUUUUUCCUUUCCAAGGGACAGAACCAGGAAGCUCCGCCUAUACUGCAAAAACCAGCCAAUCACAGUGCUGGCUGAUAUUUGAUGAGUUUUAUCAUCUCUGUUUACUGUUAAAGACUCACUUAAUGCUGACGGAACUGGUGUGACAUCACUUCCUGUCUGGCGGUGGUGUUAGUGGAGGGAGGCGGGGCACGGUGUGGGCUCACUUCCUGUCCGAGUGCGUAAUGCGGGGGUGGGCUCAGGUAACUUGAGAAGGGAGCCGGACACUUCGUCAAGCCCCUUCCUCCUCAGUUACUCAACCUGGCGCAAGGCGAAGGACGACCUGACAGGAAAUGACAUCACACGGUUGAAUGGGGCGGAGGAGAGGAAAGGAGGGAUGGGGAAAAAGACUAAUUUCUUCAGUAUUUCUUCUAUCAAUUACUUCUCCUUCUUGUUCUUCUUCGGACAUUGGAGCUUGGUUCUUCUGUUGCAUUCGCUCAGCCUCCUUUGAUCUUUUUCGGAGUCCAAAAUUUGAUGGAAACCUGCAUGAUUGAUUAAAUACAUACUAGAGAGGAAAUCUAACUGGUGUGGGUGGGACCUGGGGGCUUUAUAGGAAACUUUGCAUUUAGGUUUACUAAAGAAGUUCUCUUCUUUCAGACUCUCUCUCUCUCUCUCUCUCUUACAUCUCAAAUGUAAUUUUCAUUUACUUUUUACCCGGAACAGGUUUUGACAGUCGGCUGUUUUGUUCGUCUCAGUUUUCUGCCGACAGGGUUCAAAAACGAUGUUUCUACAACCUGUUAAAAGACAGGAAACACUGCAGGAUCACAUUAAAGUUUCCUGUUGUGAUUGAGAAACUAGAGGGAGAAAGGGUGGAGAGAAGCGGACUUCUACCACAUUUAAUUUAUUAUUGUUAAUGAUGAUAGUCUUAUGAAUAAUGAUAUCAAUGUCAAUGCAAAAUGACGAUGACAUGAUGAUAAUGAUACUGAUGAUUGAUUGAUUGAUAGAACUGUUGCUGUAGAUUUGUUGUCAUGUUAUUUGGAGUUUAAGUAUGCUAUGUCCAUCUUGUUUACAUCCGUUAUGUUUUUAUCCCCCGCGUUCAAUGACGUUUACCGGGUUCCUGAUGCCUUCCUGCAACAUUUCGGGGCAAUGACGGCUUGGGAACAUUCACUUAGCAGCGUUGCGCGUUGUAACGCAACUCUUAAGAUACACUCUUUCUUCAGAAUGGUGGAGGUAGAGGUCAGGGGAGCUUCAGUACCUGACUUGCAAUGAUUUAUGGGGUCAGUACUCUGGUCAAGCCAACCCAAAGAUCAAGAAUUCAUGCUCAGAGGCAGGAGUAGACCAGAUCAUUGAGAAUGUGGAAGAAUCAGUCUGCCUUUUACACUGCAGAGGUUUCAUACAACCCUGUUUUACUGAGGUUAAAAUUCUACCAUGGUUGAAUUCUUCCACUUGCAGCCAAAAAACUACGAAUCUCAAUCUUUUCCCUCUGUCGGGCGCUGUAGUUUUGUAGUGAGAUUGGUUGCCGGCAGUGACAGCACAGUAUUGGUGGUACAGUGUUGGUGUCAGUAUUAGGUGGUGUUGUUCUCUUUUUUGCCACCAGGGGGCAAUUAUCAGCACACAUUAUCCGCCCUGCCUUCCCCCUCUACAGGACAGCCUCCCGGCCACAUCCUGGUUUCUAGACCUGGAGUGGAACCGCCACUUAUACCUGUCUCUUAUAUCUUUGUAAGAUAUAUAGAUGAAGUCCAGUCCUAGUCAGGAAACGUGGAUGUAGCUGAGGAGACGCCAUAUCUGUCCGUUUGUCGGUCCGUCCUUUUGUCUGCCUGUCUGUGCCAAUGCUGACCUCCCCUCCAGCCCCUUCUCUCAGGUCUGGAAAACCAGAGAACAGCUACCGAAUCACCAAUCCAAUCAAAUGAGGUUGUAGCAAAGCUGAAACCUCUUCUGCCAAAACCCACUUCACUAUCCACCAACCUCUCUCUCCACAUCUAUCUUUUACCUUUCUGUCCAUUUGCUUUGACAUCUGUUCUUUCAGCUUGCCAGAGAGCGUUAAUGAAGACACAAAAGGCAUUACAGGACAGAAACACGUAGGAAUAAUAACUUCAUCCUUAUUGUUAUGAGGGACAACAAUUAUUGAAUAUUCAAUAACUCUAGGACAAGAUGAUAAAGUAUAGAUAAAUAUAGAUGAUAAACUACAUAUAAAUCUAGAUCUAAUGCAGUAGCUGUAGUUAUAGAUAACAGACAGAGUAUAAUUAGAGUUUCAGAUAUUUAUUUAUUUUGCAUACCGUUCAUGCUCAUGACACGGUUGACGAUCUAGCUACUCUUGAAAACUCGCACUGUUUUCUUCGCAGUCGCAGAAGCCAGAAAACAAACCCCAGUCCACGUGUUUUGACUCUAUGCAGACCUCAUGAGCAUCCUCAUUGUAUUAUUUCGGAGGAGAAACUGCAACGCUGUGGUACCGUAAAACAGAAUAAUGAGACAGGAACACAUGGAUCUGUGAAAAUGUGAAGAUCGACACCACGUUUGCACACGUCACUCGACAUCACACCCACAACCCCUUUCUUUCACAUACCUCUGUCGCUGUCCUCCCCCCUCCUCUUCCAGAUGAUCCGUUUUCCCUCACCAUCUUUUCUCCUCUCCCGAAAUGUGUUGCCUCCAGGCCUACUAGUUGAGCAUAGCAUAGUGAGGAUUGGGAUAGGGGGGUUUUUUGUUUUUGUUAAUUGGUUUUUUUGUUUGGCGGGAGUCGAGGGGCGCAAACCCGAAACCCCUCUGCCCUUGCCUCCCAUCAAGAGAGGUUAUGGCAAGUGGAGACGCUUCCCCAAUAACCCCCUACAGAGCCACAGUGCCUUCUGUAUCAGAGUCACAUUCAUCACCUCCCCGAUUUUCUCGCCCCUAGCUGCUCCCGUUUAAACCCCCCCUUACCCUCUGUAGUAGUUGAGAUCAACCACACUACGCCUUAAAAGUCGAGUCCCACCGGCUCCCAUGCUAGCAUAGAAACAGGGAGAGUGGUGAUAUUGAGACUGGGCCACGGUGAGGAAAUAGCCAAGAGGCUAGACUUGAAAUGGGGAAAUCAAUAUCACAUCCAGUGUGGGCUUAACUGCUUAAAACAUACACAGUUCCCAAAAAUCAAAAGAGAUCCACACAGUUUGAAUCAGAGCUUUGUGGGUUUUCAGUUGUAAAGAUUCGGAUGGUCACCCUUGGUGUACCGGAUGCUGCUAGUAAGCUAUCCCUCUUGGCUUCACCUCCCUGUCAGGCAUUUUGUGUCCAUCCCAGAUAUGUCGUGGGUCCAGUUUCAGGCGGUGUAGUGAGAGGUUUACGGAGGUGCAAAGCAGUUUGCUUACUUCUCAGGUCCCUCUAGAGUUAGGUAGCUAGAUAGUUAGACAAUGUAGGGAACAGUCAGCUACAAAACAAGCAGGCCUUGGAUUGAGUUAUUGUAUGGUUUUACCUGGCAUGGCGUCAGACGCUGUAAUGUUGACCCCCCCGCCACCCCAACCCCCUCCCUCCUUUCACUAACCUGCAUUACACACUCUGACCCCUCACCUCGCCAUCAGCAGCCUGCCAAUGCACCAACACUUGAUGCCAAGCGUGUUGACGGACAGGCAGCAAAAAACCCACCUCCAUUUUGGCUCCACCAAAACCACUCGCUUGUCCAGAAUUGUAACAGCGGAUCCAAAAUGGCCGACACACAACACUGCCCUUGUGUGAAAGCAUGUUGUGUGUGUGCUUUUCCAAGAACAAAUCCCAUUCUUUGGAGAGAAAAAAAAACAGUGAACAUCUGAUUCUUUCUUUCUUUUGGUUUUUGUUUCCCUGACUUUUGUGAACGGGGUUGGGGGGGAUUGCAAGGUUUUUGCUCAGUCAUUGCUUCUCUUCACAUCUGCUGUCUGCGUCUUCACCUCCAGCUUCUGUCUCCCAUCGGUCUUAACCUCGGACUAAUCAUUUUUUUUGCUUUUCUUCUCCAUUAUGGGACGAAGGAAAAACUAACAAACGCACCAACCCAUCCACUCAGUCGGCUGUGAAAUUGUGUCAGUGGGUCAGUCGUGAGGCAACGUGUCGACAAAAACACGAAUAAGGGCUCUCUUUAAAAAAAAAAACUACACAGUGGGUUUUAAUGUACAGUAGUGCUGCCAAAAGUUGUGCUUAUGUAGCUGAAGCCACGCUGUGGUCUCCCCUUUGUACAGCACUAGAUGUGUGCAUGCGUGUGUGUGUAGGGGGUCAAGAGCGAGGCAGGGAGGGUGGGGUGGGAGGGUCAAAAGACAAUGAGAGAGAUUUUAAUGAUGCAGGAGGGUCCUGUUUUGGGGUGGAGUUUUGGGGAGGGGAGGAGCAGCAGCUGCAGAGGUCGUCGUGAUGUUAACACACAAUUUCACAAUGGCACUGGACCACUUUUCGGGCUCAUCCUCAUGCUCAGAAGCCAUUUUGUCACCAUCACCUCGCCCACGCUUGGUCCCACUUUGAGGGGGGCAGGGCAACUGCUGCGACAGGGAGACAUUUACUGUGUGUGCGCAGUGUGUGUGUGCAGGUGUGUGUGCAGGUGUUUUGAGUGGUGUGAAUGUGUUUAGGGCUGAAAUGUAUUAUUCUCAUUAUCAAUUCAUCUGGAAGUUUAUUUGACUGAUUAAUCAAAUAGUCAAGUAGUCUAUAAAAUAUGUUUUAUAUAUUUUUAGUUGUUUUAGGUCUAUCGGUAUAUAUUAGCUGACGAGCUAAACUCAACUACUCAAUUUUUGUAACCCACGAUGCUCAAUAUGCUACUCGAUAUAAUAGUAUUUCUUUUUAUAUGCAAAAUAAUAUAAAAUAUAAGUAAAACUAGAAAAUAAUGAUAAAAUUAGGAAGGUGCAAAUGAUGGUGCAAUGCUAAAAUGAUUGUGCAGGGUGCAGUUACUGGAAGACCAAUUACAAACUAAAAAAUAAAAAUACUGCACAUAAAGAUGUGUCUAUGUUGUUAUAUGACUAUGAAACUGCCAGCCCAUUAGUGUUCAUUAAUGUGAUAAUGCACAUAUAUAAACAAAUAAAUAACAGUAAAUAUCACAAGCUCUGAAGAAUCAAAUCACUUGUUUAACCUAACAAAUACUUUAAAAUCCAAAGAUAUUUAAUUUAUAAACCUUAAGUUAUAAAUCCUCCUGAAACGUUUUUUUUCUGUGGGUUGAUUAAUCAGUUAAUCAACUAAUCAUUUCAGCACUAAUUGUGUGUGUGUGUGUGUGUGUGUGUAAGAGGAAGAGGCUAUGUAUGAGAGUGGACUUGCAUGUAUUUGUCGGUUUAUUAUUGUGUGUGCGUGUGUGUGUGUGUGUGUGUGUGCGUGCGUGCAUAUGUCCAUACACCAUCAGCUACAGUAGGUAACCCUCAGUGCCUUACACUGUACAGGACACACUGAUUUCUCCCUCUGAGACGAUCACAGCGCACACGUAAGAUAAUACCGUCUUCAUCAUCAUCUUCAUCCCCCUCUCUCCCUCCCUUGACCACUCCUCGCCUUCCUCCGGGAUUCAUUGAGUCAAGCCUGGACAGAUGAGGGUGGGGAUGGAGAGCGGAGGAGGUUCAGUAGAUAAUCAUGUCAUUUCCCUCACCCAUUCUCUCUCAUGCCGUCUAUUGUAUAUUUUGGCUCUGUAAUUAUUCUGUAUAUAAUCCAUAAACUUUAUGAAAAACUCAUUGUUGUUCAUCUGAUGUUCAUUAGUUCUCUCGCUGUGUUUCAUUCUUCCUCCUUCUCAGCAUUUUCACAUUGAGUUCAUCUUUCUCUCCUCAUCCCUCCUGUAGUACCAUUCAUAAACACAAGGUGGUGGGAUUGAGCUUUCGCCAUUAUCACUCAUUAUGAAAUGUAUACUGGUGUGUCUGUGUGUGCUGUUUAGGUUGAAUGAGUUUAUGCUUGCUGCGUGUGUCUGUGAACGUCUGUCUGCAGUGUGUGUGUGUGUGUGUGUGUGUGUGUGUGUGUGUGUCCAGCAGGUAUUAGGGGUGAAUUUCUUGAUGAUUCCUGCACAUUGAUCUCUAAUUCAUUCACUUGAAUGAAUAAUUGGCGCUCUCAGUUGAUAUGAAUGUUAUGUAGGAAGAGUGUGUACACAGAAGAGAAAACAAUGUGUUAGCUCCUCCGUAAAAUACAGUAUGUUUAAAGCUGCACUAAUAUAUUAUCGCUGUAGGAAGUGUAAGCAAACCAUUAGCUAUUGGUGCAUCCAGCAGACACAGAGCAACAUUAGCAUUCAUUUGCCGUUGUGUUUGUGUCAGUGCAUUAAAGACUGUUAUUUGUGCUCCUUUGAGCUAUGUUUUGGUCUCCACCGACUCCUACGAAAACCUCUGGGUUCUUAAGCUGCAGAGAUGUGUACCAGCUAGUUGCUAACUUUGCCUGCAGUUUAGCGCUGGGCAGAGUGAUCGAGGAGUACUGGAACAACAUGUUUGAGAUUUUACUAAUUAACUAAUGCACUAAAUGUGUAAACUUAGUGAUGCUUUGAUGGAAUGAGUUCGGUAAUUUGUGUGCACCUCUGUACUGACAGGAUGACGCUAGCACUCUGGGUGCUCCUUGUUGCUCCUGCUGUUAAUUUAAAGGAACUUAUCGAUGCGAGGAAUCCGUUUUUCUGCAUGUGAUCAAAACUUUUAUCCCUGAUACUUGCCGGGCUCAGUACCUUCUGUGCUGAUUUACGAUAAAUACGAUUCUUCUAAGACAUGGGUGAAGUGUCUCCUGCUGUCGCCAUAGCAACCCUCAAGGUCCCUCUCACUGUUUCUAUCUAUCUCUAUUUGUCUCUCUCCCCCCACCCCCCUCUUUCUUCUCCAUUUGUUUCCAUCACCAUCCAUCUGGUGAAGUUGCUUCCAGAAGAUCCGUCCACGUCUUGGCGUCAGCGUUCCGACGCUGGAGACCGAUCUCUCCCAACGCAUCUCUCCCAACACAUCUCUCCCAACACAUCUCUCCCAACACAUCUCCAGGUGCCACAAGAUGAUGAAAUCAGCAGGAUCUUUUUUUUAACCCUUUGUAGCACAGAUUUGAUUAUGUAUUAUUAUUAUUCAGAGAAGAUUUUAGGGCCCUCAAACCGAACAGGGGAAAGUGACACAUCUACAGCCGCAACAGAUAUCGACUCAUUUUAUUCAUUUGACUUGAUGGGUUUAGGUCUGCACAGGCCAAAAUGAACUAUUAGCGCCUUUUUUCUGAGAAAGUAACCUAUUUGAUAUAAGUAAAGAUUAAGGUGUCAAAAGAAACUUAAUUCCAUUAGCCCAAGAUUAGGGACAUUUCUCUCUUUUCCUGUGGCAUUCAUACCAGUUUCCACUUAAAAUCAUAUUUUACUUCAUGUUACUUUACAAUUAGUAAUAUCACAAUAUACACUUUAUAUUCCUUUAUAUAUCCUUAUACAUGGCCCUACUCCUUGGUACUUUAUUACAGCUAGGCUUAUAUAUACAUGACACAUGGUGAAAUAGUCAAACCUGGUCAAACAAGCAAGCUUAAUAGUAAAAGCUUCUAAGUACACAUGCUUGUUGGGAACAUGAAGUGCAACCCUCCCCCCACCCAAAAACAAUUAAUGCUGAGAUGGCCAAAAUCUAAUAGUAAAAAGUAGCUACUAAGGGUUAAAUAUCAUUUCAAAGGAUCCAAAUACCAGAGGAGAGAAAGUGUUGUCAGUGCAGAGAUGCAUUGGGAAAACUCUGAAGCAACUACCAACCAUCCAUCUCAUCACCCCGCAAACCAUCGGACACUCGACCCAGUAGAAACCGAACCAGUGCCACAGUAGAAAACCAUACAGGAUUCACUCAGCAAGUUGGGGAAAAAAGAGAAAAAAUAAACAUACAUGGCAAUUUAAGAUAAAAGAGAAGUAUUUAAUUACAGAUUUGCAUGUGCAAUGUGCAUGCCACUAUGUGGGGUAACAAGUCAACUUCAGGAAUUAAAAAAAAUAAAUAUAAAGAAAAAAGUAUAUAUAUGUAAAAAUAUAUAUAGAUAGAUGUUUUUAAGAGCAAUGUGUUUCUUUUUUCUUCUAUUUUUAAAAACAAAAAAUUCAAGAAAACCCGACCAAAAAAAUACAAAUAAAAAUGAAAAAAAAAAAAUCAUCCUGAUAAAAAAUGGAAAUGACUUUGGUGAUGAAAUCAAAGAAUGUUUGUUUGUUAUAUUUGCCAGAUAUUUCACGGGGGAAAACCGUGGGGGAACAAGGAUAGAUAACACUUUAACUAACAUUACAAAAAAAAGAAAAAAUGAUUUUAAAAAGAGGGAGAAGGAAUACAAAACUUUUCCUUGAUGAAAAACAAUCCCUUUGAGAGUAAAGAGCUGCCUGAACCUGAAUCUAGUGAUGUUAUUCCCGUUUAUUCCGGCUAUGAAAUCCCUUCUUUCUCUCUCCCUCUCUCUUUCUCUCUUUCUCUGACCAUCUCUUUCCCUCCCUCUGUUUCUUUCUCUAUCUCUGCUGUUUCUACCAGUGCAUUUUGUAAUUUCAAACAGAACUCUUCCUAAAGAACCUGAAUAAACCAGAGAGAAUGCAUUCUA